AUGCACAAGCACGAAAAACCCCGCAGCGCUGAAGUUUGGCACAAUCCUUCGUUUGUGGUGGCGCAGAUAACAGCUGCUGUGGUGUCCUCUGCACUGCUGCUGUUUGUCGUUGCUGUGGGACUGGUCAUUCGGUUGGUUGGCUUUAUUCCCCGUUGGCUUCGCCGGCCACCUCGCAGGCAACCAUCCUGGGAUAACCGUGAAAAAUGGAAGAAGGAGCGCCUUGUCAAGGAUCCACAGUAUUAUGCGCGAAACUGUGGCUUUGAUAUCAUUGAUGAAACCGCUGAAACAGAAGAUGGCUAUUACCUACGUAUUCACCACGUCAAAUGUUUACACCCUGAGCCAGAGCUGCAAAAAAUUGGCAAUGGGUACCCUAUUCUAAUCAUGCACGGUCUUUUCCAAUCGUCUGGCUCUUUUAUUACAUCAGAAGAGCGUAGUAUUGCCUUCUGGCUUGCUCAACGUGGAUAUGAUGUAUAUCUGGGUAACAACCGCGCUGUUUUUGAUAUGGGACAUCGGAAAUACAGUCGCUAUAGCCCUGCUUUCUGGGACUUUGAUGUGGGUGAUCUGGCCAUGUAUGAUAUCCCUGCCAUGAUCGACUAUGUUUGUGCGCGAACUGGCUAUAAGAAAAUUGCCUACAUUGGCCAUUCACAAGGCAAUGCCACAGCAUUCAUGGCGCUUUCGCGUUGGUACCGACCUGACUAUGGUACGAAGCUUUCCUAUUUCUGUGCUUUGGCCCCCGCCAUGUUUGUGGGCCCCCUUGGGCGAAGAUUCCCUUUAGUCCAUCUUAGCAGACUUGACUGGCCUGCAUGGCGCCGUCUCUUUGGUGUGAUGGACUUUGUGCCGCUGAUGAAACUCUCGUACGACUGGACGCCUGCCACCCCCUAUGCAGCGCUGGGCUAUCAAAUGUUCGCCUUCCUGUUUGAGUGGAAUGAUACCCACUGGCUUCAACGCCGAAAAGCUAAAAUGUUCCGCUUUACGCCCAUGCCCGUCUCUUCGCGUCUCAUGUAUUGGUGGGCGGGCAAGAAUGGCUUUGCGCAACGUGGUUGUCUUUUUGAUCCUAAUGAGACAUGGUAUGAUGAGCGAUUCCCACCUGUCAGUUUGUAUGGUGGUAGCGAGGAUCAUUUAGUGCUUCCCAAACCUGUUUUGGAUCACUUCAACGAGCACGAACCCAAGACGCGAGUCAUCAGAGAAAAGAUUCAAGCUGGCGCAGAGCACUGUGAUCACUACUGGGCUGCUGAUGCAGUGGAAUGGUGCUUCCACGAUAUUCUGGAGGACAUUAGAAUGACAAGGGAGUCAUAA